GCAGAGGUUUCACACAGACAUUUGCAGAGUGGUAACAGGGGUUGAUAUAGUCAUGAUUGUGAUGGGGCACAGUUUGUGUCUUCCUUCUCCAGCUACUGUACAGGAGCUGUUCUCUGUUGCUCGAGAUGCCAGUAUUAUUCCUGAUAUUUCUUUGGAUCCUGUUCUCACCAGUUUCUUGUCUUUGGAUUCAUCGGCAGCGCUGCAGCAUCACUACAGGUUCUUACAGCGGAGCAUGAGCAGAGAGCAGCAGACAUUAUUUAACCUAAAUCUGACUCAAGAGCUGGGGGGAAGCAGGGUCACCUAUGGAGGAGUAGGGAUAGUCGCUCUGGCUUUGUUCCUGCUUUUUGAUCAAGUUUCCCAACAAGUUCAAGCCCAAGGUUUAUCAGUGACGGAGCAGUCCACUGACAAAUCUGAAGCAAAGGCCAUUUUUGGCAUCAGUACUUCUUCCAGAAUUGGACAGAUAAUUGAUAGCUACCUUAGGAUUGUUCCUGGCAUUGCAAACUAUGAGGAGAAGAUGGCUGAGACGACAGAGUUGUUUGACAACUGGCUCAAACUUGAAUUAAUUGACCAUUUUGAAAGGAUGACCACAAAGAAACGAAUGAGUUCGUUGUCCAUGCAGCAGUGGCUGACAGGAGCUGCAAUUCAUUUGCACAUUAGGAUCCAUCAGGUGAGGCUGCACUCUGUGCCCUGGGGAUCUGCAGCAUCUUUACGUCUGUCCUAUAAGACAGCCUUAAAUCGCCUGAUUCAAGACUACACAGCCUAUCUACGAAGAAACACCCAAGAAACUGCACCUUCAAAUCCUCAACAACUCCAAACCAGGAGUUCUGCUCAAACAAGACACACUAAUACAUCCAACACAACUAAUGCAACUUGCUUAGGUCAAAACCUUUUCAAUAAUAGCCGGGCAAAUGUAAGUUUUCUCAGAGCUAGCUCAAAUGAGAUGACUACAACUUCUUCAGAUGUUGACAUAAGAAGAAAAUGUAAAACCCAAGGAUUUGAGCGGAUGUUUGAUGUCACCAAAGCUAAAGGAAGCAACAGAAGAAACACAAGCAUUGAAAGCAGAGAAAAGCUGACUAAUUUGACUAUGUUUAACAGGGACAAGGGAGCUCACCUUCUGGGCCUUUUAGUUAUUGAGCCAUGGAGAAAUGUCAGCCACAAUGUGCAACAUCACCCUUGUGAGUCUCCAGCCAUACAAGAAGCACUGGUGACGAGAAUAAUGAGUGCCCAAGACCUGCAGCGCAACAGAAACAUAUUCCGGGCCCCUGACAGAGUUUUUCACCGUCUUCUCAGACAGAGGGGUGACUUUGAGUUAAAGACAAAUUGACAGGGAACAAUUAAAUACAUUUUAUUAUGGCAUAUCCUAUAGUUUUCCUGGCAUCGAGUGACAUAAAUGAUACAUUUAUGUUCUUAUUGUCAUAUGAGGUAGGCUAUAUUUGCUUAACAUGUACAGCUUUUUAACUAACAAUUGCUCUAGGUGAAAGUAAAUCAUUGAAAUGCUUAAAACAUGUUAACUUGCUAUUUUUCAAUAAAUAACCCCCAAAUGUUAUUAAAAAAAGUUCAUAAUUUUAUGCUACAUUAUAUUUUGUAUAAAAUGUGUAGAUUUACAAAAAUAAUAGCAAAAUAAUGAGAAUGUAGUACUGCAAAGUGAUGUAGUACCUCAAAUUAUGUUAUGUUAUGUUUUGAGUUGAGUUUCGGUUACAUUUCUUGUGAAGUCUCAUUUUAUAGCUGACACGGAUGGACUUGGAGGAAGGCACCGCCCCUUACGUUUGGCGACAACACGAAUCUGUUUAGACUUCCGUAAAGUGGUAAGUGCUGGAGAAGUAGUUUACUGUAGAAUCCGUAGCUGCUGUUUGGCUCAUUGUGAGUAUUUUGUCGGUAAAUCAUGGUUUUUUAACGAGGAGCUAAACCGUUGUGGGCUGCUACGUAUGCUUUUAAACAAGUAGGUCAAAAGUAUCGCCACGUUAAUUAAAACCAAAUUACGUUGCAGUGUUAUGAAAAGACUAUUGAAUAUCACUCUUUACAUUUCAUUAAGACGUGUAAACGGAUAAUAAGACGACCGAAUAUUUUGCUGUAAGGUGUUUACGUAUGAUAGAACAAUAGAACGUGUGUUAGCCGUGAUGCUAACAUGCUAACAGAGUUGCACGUCGUAAUCUACGCCAUUCCUUAAAAUUUGUUUGGGUUUUCAAAAAAUCGAAAUAAAAAACGUCAUAUGUGGGAUUACUUUACUUUUGCUUAGUUGUUUGCUCGCUAUAAUGUGUCUAAUACCGUUUAACACACGUUGUCGUAAGUUAAGGUAAGUUUCACUGUAUUUAAUUCGAACGUGUAGUGAUUUCUACUUUGAUCUCUUGUAUAUUGGUCUAUACAUUCGAUUUUUACCAUAUUUAUUUUAAGCCCCUCAUCUUUGAGGUGGAUCAUUUAUAAAUGUUCUAUUGAAUACGUGAAACUGUGCGAUAUGAUAAUAUGUAUGUUGAAACCAAGGAAAAUGCUGGUUCUUCUUUUACUAAUGUAUGGUGUACAAAACAAUGAGAAAUAAAUGCUGCAUAAUGACGGUUAUCAGGAAGUAGCCAAGUUUCUUUUACUUUAAUUUUGUAUGACAAGGGCAGACAGGAUUAAUGAGGAACAGACUGCUUUGUACAAGUGCUGAGGAGGAACAUUAUUUUAUGACAAAGUUUCAAUCAUCAAAUUUAGAAUCAAAUUUAUUAAUAGAAUCAACCAGUUCUCAGAUUAAAUAGGUAACAUCUGUCAUAAACAAUGUUUGUUAUUAGAGUUGGUUUCCUGUAGCUGUGCACUGUCUGUUUUUUUUUACAUAAUAUAUAUUUUUUAAUACAUUUCUUUCAGGUUUGAGCAGAAUGUCAUAUUUAGACUUUCAACCUGUCUGUGCAGAAGGAAUGCAUGGAUAUAUGACCAUCCGUCCACUCGAAGAAGUUUUGGAUCAAUGGAUGGCUAUCCCUUCAGAGACCAAAAAAGUGGCUGGACAGAAGAUGAAAAUGUUUACCUUCUGGCUUCCCAUUCUAUUGCACCAAGACGAGUCUAAUCCUGUUGUAACCUGGGCUGUAGAUAUAGGUGUCAUUGAUGAGCUAGAAAGAGAAACUUUUUAAAACAAUUCUUCAGGUUAAUUGAAAUGUUCAACUUGAAUUCACCAGACGUGUUCCCAGUUGCCUUACAGUGGUUGGAAAGAGCCGGAGAGCCAACUAUCUACCAGCUUUUAGAGGAGUUUGGCCCAUUUGCAUUCAUAACUCUGCAGGUCAUCUUCACUGAAUAUGCUAGGUAUGUUCGAAGGAUGGGCAUGAACUUGGAGAGGACAAUGAAUGAACUUAUGGUCCGACCAUCAGAAGAUAUAAUAGAGAAAAGCGAGGAAUUGAAGAAAAUGGGAAACCUAAAAUUUAAGAAUAAUCAGUAUGAAGAUGCUGUAAAGUUUUAUUCCAGAGCCAUCAAGUACUAUCCUGAAAACCACAUUACAUAUGGAAACAGAGCCCUGUGUUAUAUCCGAUGUGAAAAGUAUUUAAAGGCGAUUGGUGAUGGGAAGAGAGCCACGCUGAUAGAACCAUCCUGGGCAAAGGGCCACUACCGCUAUUGUGAGGCUUUGUUGUUUUUGGGCGAGGUCAAAAAAGCUAUUGAAGCCAAUGAUUUGGCACAAAAACUUUGUAGGAAUGACCACGCAGGACUCAAAGACUUAGAACAGCAAAAACUCAAAAUCAUCGGCAUGCUGGAAGAACACAUGGGUUGUAAACCAAAGACCAAGAAUAAAAGACCUACCAGUAUAAACAGAGCAGAGGAAACGAAUUCACAGCAACAAAAACGUGGAAUUAAAAAAAGCCUGACUCAACAAAGUCAGGACUCUGAGGCGAAAAUGAACAAGCCUUCAGAUAAAAAAGAACAGGCUGCAAAAAUGAACAAUAAGAAGGAUUCUAAAUCUUCAAAAAGUGAAGUCCCUUUAAAGAAUGGUGAAGUGGAGUCCAGCACCACAGUGAAAAAGAAAAUGGAUAAAAAUGUUCAACCCAAGGAGGAGAAAACUCCAGGCAACAGAGCAAGUUUCUGUAAAGAGUUGAAGUCUGUGGUGGAGGACGCCUACACUGCUCUGACCAACCUCUGCAGCCGCAAUGCGGAGCAGGCCUUCAGUAAGGCACUGGCCAUACUGGAGACCAACACACCCAAGAAACUUGGACUUUCCUCUCUGGAUGUCCUGUUGCUCCUGUUUGGUCGGGCAUCUGCUCUCACAGAAAUUGGUCAACUUCAGGAACUUUCAGAAGCCAAGAAAGUUAUAGAAAAGAUCAAGUCAUCUGAGGAAAGAACAUUCCAGUGUCUGGUUUACUAUGCCUUCGGGAAGGUGUAUCUCAAAGAAAACAGAUUUGCUGUUGCUCUGGAGCAGCUUUCCGACUCACUGCAGAUGCUGAAAAAUCAGAUAUUUCCUGGAAAGCUCACCUGGCCUUUAUCCAAAGAGAUCGUCAAAGAAACACAACAAGACUAUUUAAAGGAACGUUUGGAAAGUUUUAUAGAAUUAUGCAGAUUUCCUCCCGUUCCUGAUGCUGUGUGUCGAUUUGAAAAAUGCAACACCUCUUCAAAAGUUGAAAUCUAUUUAACUGACCCUGAUUUUAAGGGCUACAUAAGAAUAAGUUGCUGUCAGAGAUGUUCUGUUGAAUAUCACGUCACCUGUUGGAAGACCCUGAGGACGUUGACCUUCUUUGAAAAGAAUGACAAGGAUUUCUUGCAUGAAACAUGUUUAACUCCAGACUGUGUUGGUCGGAUCUGCAGUGUUCAAAUCAUAAGUCCAACAGGCCUGUUGAAGUGUGAGUUUAAAGACACAGUCCUGAAACCACAGACUACUAAAAAGCUGAGAGUUAAUCAGAAAUGUUCAAGUUUAAAGGCAUUAAAAUCAAAGGCCGAACACAAGCUGAAGAGAAAGCAGAUGAAACCAUCUGUUCAGGAAGACCAAACAACUAAUGAUGAGUCUCUACAGCAGACACAAGAAGGAGCGUCUCAGAUUCAACAUAAAUCCUGGUUGCGGUACAGAGAUCCAGUUUUACUGCAGAUCAGUCAAACGAUGGAUCUGCUGAUGGAGACAAAAAGUCUUCAGGUGUCAGUCCUGGUAGAAAGUCUGAAACCGUGGCUGGAGCUGGAUUCGUCGAGGGGGAACCAGGUGGCUGAUAGAAUGCUGAACUGGCAGAAUGAGUCUCUUGAGACGUUCUCUCAGGCUGUGGAGCUCCUGUUGGAGAGGAAAAACCGUGUAUGGGCUCGUGUUUUGAUCCAUCUUCUCAGUAACUCGGAGGAUUUAAACCCCAAGGUCAGCAAGUGGGCGUGUCAGCUCAACGAUACAGGUCUGGAUGCCGCCAGAAACUUUAUUGAGCGUUACGCAGCGCAGCUGGAAGAACUAGACUUGUCUCUCCUCCUCAACUUUGGUCCUUUGCAGGACAUGUUUAUAAUGAACCUCAAAGUUAAUUCAGACAUUUUUUCAACUAUUGGUGUAACAGUGACUGAUUAUUUACAACAAGCUUCACUGCACCACAUGAGGCUUUUUAUUUGGACUUUGGAGGAGCAUAGAGACAACUAUGUGGCCUGUCAUACUAUACUGGAUGAAUAUUUUGAUAUGGAUGGACAUUGUUCAGUCUUAAAAAAGUCUGAUGAAAAUCAAAAUAAUUCUCCUUUAAAGACCAAAAGUAAAAACCGUAAAAAGAAACAGAAAAGUUCUGAUACAAAGGGUUUAUAUGGUUUUCCACUGGCAGGGACGAUAACUCCAAGAGAAGAGUGGGACCAGGACUUUUUUGAAGAUGACCAUUUAUCGCUCCUUCACCCCGUCGAUCCAUUCAGUGUUCCAAGUCAUCUUCAAGAUCAAGUGGCCGAUUUUGAGCAGCAGUACAACGGCACCUGUUACCAGAGUUUCUCUAAAAGAUUUUUGGACAAUCACCCUGACAAAACCAAAGAGGGUUUGUAUGACUUUUUUGCUCAGAUUCUGGAAGAGCACGGACCUCUAGCUGCUGAAGACCCUCUCCUGGUUGGUGAACUGCAGUAUUUCCCAACUGAGGCUCAGCAGAAGAUCAUGAAGGCUGGUGGUUUGGAAUCCUUUCUCCUGGAAUCUCUGCGCUUCAUAAAGAUGGGCAGUUGUGUGGGUCUGGCUAAGCAGGCUGUGAUUUUACAGCAGGCUGGACCUGGAUUGGGUUUAGACGACCUGGACGUAAUUUUGGAUCAUGAGCCAAUCAGUCAUCCUUCAUACACACAAACUGAAAUCCAUCCCAUUCUCCCAAAUCCUUACAUCAGUGAAGACGCCUCUGGAUUUGAUUUGAAUUUAAAUAAAAAUGCUUUUUACUAUUUUACUAAGUGGAAUAAUGGCGACAGUCACCAGCAGUUCCCCUACUCCUCAUUCAAAGACCAAAGUGAGCUGUGUGUACUUGGAACCGAUUCUGCUCCUGGAGUUUUGGAAACGGAUUCUUCAGAUGAAGCUGCCGGUGAAGGCAUGUUGAGGAAACAUGCAGCAGUACAGACGUGCCAGGAGACCAUGAGCAGCGUGGCAGUGAAUACUGAGCCUCACCAGAGUUUGGAAAGCUGUCAGGGUGACAUUAACAAAAAGCAGAAGACUUGCCAUCGUUUGAAGCAGCAGAUCCAGGAAAUUACCCGGUGUCAAAGCAAAGCCAACACUAAACUCAAAGAAGAAAUCGCUGCUAUAGAGGGAGACAUACAAAACCUGAAUGCCACUGGACAGGUGAUAAAUAAAGAACUGAUGGACCUACAGCAGAGGCUGGAGGAAGAUGUGAAAAAGGACCAGAAGGAGAAGAAAACCAACCAGGACCUUCUAAAAGCCCUGAAGCUGGAGGUAGACCAGGUGUUGGAGCAGCAGAGGAGUCUGACACAAGGCAUCAGAGAGAAGAAAAUACUCUACGAGACAAAGAUGAAUGAUUUUCUGGAGCUGACUAAUCAGUCUGCAGCUGAGAGGAUGAGUCUAGAAGAGGAGAUCAAUCGCUGCAAACGUCAAUGUGCUUCAGCUGCCAGGAGAUCUAACACAGCUCAGGUGUCAACAGCAGAGAGCAGCAGAGAGCAAGGUUUAUACAGUCUCCACAGAGAACUGGCAGAUGCCAAGGCUCUGCUGACCAAAGUGGAUGAAGCGAUGCACAGGCAAUCAAUCCCAGGCCUGCAGGUGUUCAGAAACUCCUGGAAUGCCAACGUUCAAGAAGUUGAAAGGAAAAUUGCCAAUGCAGAGGUCCAGUUCAAGGCUCAGAUUGAUCAAGUGAAGAAUGGGAGAAAUGUCAGUGAGUUACCUCUGAGCACCAACCAGACUGAACCUUCAGCACAACGGUCCUCACCACAGGUGUCCAACGUCCAGCAGCCAGUGGCUGCAGCUCCAGGCGGAACAGCAGCAGCAGCUCCACCUCAGCUGAAGCAGAAGCAUCAACACAGCACUGUGUUUGAAAAAGCCAUGGAACAGCUGUCAUCCAUUUUCCCAGACUACUCUAGGUCAGACAUGAUGAGAUUUAUUCAGGAGCUGCGAUCCUCCAGUGGUGGAAGCUUCAGCAGCAUGGGGUUACAGGACAUGGUUGGUGGAGUGUCUCAGUUGAUCCUAGACCAUCAGGAGAACCUCAGAGCUGCGAGAUCCCAGGCCGUUGGACGUGGAAGUCCAAGAGCGACUCCUCUGCUGCUGACUGCGGCUUCAGUCUGGCCGCAAGUUGGAACGCAGAGAACUGUACACCCGAGUGCCCUCAACGUGGAGGAUCCCUGCAUCAUCUGUCAUGAAGACAUGAGUCCAGAAGACGUGUGUGUGCUGGAGUGCAGACACAGCUUCCAUGACAAGUGCAUCAGGUCGUGGCUAAAGGAGCAGAGCACUUGUCCCACCUGCAGAGAUCACACUCUGCUGCCUGAUGAUUUCCCUCAGCUCCCUGGCAGGAGACGUCCAGCUCCAUAAUGUCCACGUCACCCAAUUGACUUUAAUGUUUGCUUUUAUCAAAAUUAUUAUUUUAACAAUAAUGCGUCGAUUUGAACUUAACUUUUUUUUUCUCUUUUUUUACAUUCUUUUACUUUCUUGUUCUGGAGAUGUCAGUGCACAUACUAAAAAAAAAUUAAAAGUGCUACAUAUUCAA